AUGAGAAAGAAGUCAGUUGAUUCCCUUGGAGUGCUACUCAAUAGUGGAGGUUCUUCCUCAGCCAGUUCUAUUGAUGAGGACUGGUCUCAAAGAGUGUCCUCGUCCACUAAUUCUGAUGUGUCUUCUAUGGACUCUGCCAGUAUCUUAAGUGACGAGGGUUUACCUUUGAGUCACGCUGGGUCGACGUAUUCAUUGGGUUCAGGCUCAAGUACAAUGGGUCCUGGCUCAGGACCUGGUUCUACUGCUAAUAAUACUGCAUCUACUGGAGGAAGAAGAGCUCCAAGAUUGGCUUCGCUUCAAAAGACUCAAACCAAUCGGUCCAUCUCUUCAGUGUCUACGAAAGUUGACAACUAUCGGUCGUACAAUAGCAUCAACAACAGCAGCAGCAAUAAUAGCAAUAACACAUCUGCAUCAGCUAUGAAUACGAACAUCAACCCAAUGCAUCACCAUCCUCAUCCUCAUCAUCAUUCCUUAUCACGAAAGCCUACAUCUGGUUCCAUCAUGUCCAAGUCCAGUACGUUCUCCGAUGCCCCAAGCAUGUCCACCACUAAUAAUAUCAGCAAUGCUCACAACGCCCCUAUGGGAUCCGGUAACCAAUUGAGUAUUAUUCUCGAGAAACCAAGUCUGAACAUUGAAAUAGAUAGAAUGUUCCGAGAGUUAAUGGAACGGAGAGAUUUUAGAUCUCUUCCAGCGCUGGCAAAGCAAGAGAUGAUCAACUAUUCCCCCGAUAAAAAGUGGAUGUUGGUGUAUCAGGAUUUAUUAGCUGAACAAAAGAAGAGACAGAAACAGAAACAGGGCAUCACUACAAUUAAUGAAACCAGUCCGGACUUUUAUGCUAGAGAAUUGUAUUCAAAGUCAAUUACCUCAGUUCAAUUACAGAACCUUUGGGUCUCAUUACGUACAGAACCUAUUGAUUGGGUCAACCGUUUCAUCAUCGAGUUUCAAGGGGAUACUCUCUUAUCGACCUUUUUGGGCAAAGUUCAAGAUCAAAUCCAACUGGAUAAUUCCAUUUACGAUAUCAAUGACGAAAUCUUUGAUAGAGAAUUGAACACAAUUAAAGCAUUAAAAUGUUUAAUGAACUUGAAAUCAGGUGCUGAAAGAGUUAAAGAUCCUCAAUCUGUAUAUAAGUAUGUUUCAGCCCUUACUGGAUCUUUAUUGUCUCCAAGAAUCAUGACUAGGAGGUCUGCUGCUGAUGCUUUGACGUUCACCAUUGCAUAUUAUUGUCAAACCAAUCAAGCAGACCAUGCAACCUACCAUAAGUUCCUUAGAGCAUUUGACAGUAUGGCCCAGAAACCAUAUCUUGAAUUUGAUUCUUCUACCAAUAAUCUUAUACACCCAUCGUCUUCACCUUCGUCCACAUCGACAUCAACAACGAUCCUGGGUGUUCCAAAGAAACGGCAAUUGGUGAGGAAGCCACCUCCACCAACCACAUACAAACGGUUCGAGCUUUGGAUCAAGUUUGUAGAGCGAACAUUAGAUGGUCGUGGGAAGUAUUUGAACUCUUUAGUUGGAGCAAGUGAAGAAUUACGGUCUCAGAUGAUAGGGAAUCCAGGCAGUACUUUGACAUCAAGUGGACCAAAUGGUUCAGCAGCCUCGGUUACAGCCAAUUUGGAUAACCAUAUUUACGAAUAUUCCUUAGGGACAAUGCUUUUAAUCAAUACACUCAUCGCUCAUGGGUCUGAUUUUAGAGUUAGAAUGCGAAUGCGUUCAGAGUUCAUAGCUGCUGAUUUGAACAAUUUAAUUACCAAGUUCAAUGAGUUGCAAUAUCCUCAAUUGAACGAACAAAUCAACCAAUACUAUGCUCUGGCUGAAGCUGACGAACAGGAGUUCAAAUCUCACGAGAAAAUCGAUAUGACACUUGAUUUCCAAGAUCCAGUAGCUUUGGUUCAAUCUCUUUGGAAAGAUGUUCAAGGCACAACAGCUCAAGAGUUCUUUGUAUCUACAAUCCAGAACUUAUAUAUGGCUGAAGCGGAGAGGAAAGAAGAUAAGGAUGAAAUGGUCAAGAGUUUAAGAGUGAUCAACGGUAUUAUGCAGAGUAUUGCUGCUACGCCCACCUCAAAUGAUGAUGCCGCUUUGGGGAUUGCUAUGAACAGGUUAUUUGCUUCUAUGACUACGGACGAUAUGUACCGCAAGGCCAUAGAGGAUCUCAAGGUGUACAAGAAGGCAGCCGAAGAAGCGCAAGCCGAACGAGAUGAAAUGUCUCGUCAAUUGAGUUUGGGAGCCGAGGGGUUGAUUCAUUCCUUGAGUAAUGAAGUGAGAGAACAAGAAACUGUUCUUGUACGAACCAGAAGAAUGAACGAGGAGUUAACUCAAGAAUUGGAGGAUUUAAAGAAAAAGCAUUUAUAUGAGAAACAACAGCAAGAGUUGGAGAUGCGUGAGUUGCUCAUAAUGAUGAACAGUGUUAACAAUAAUAGUAACGAUGGUUCAAUUCUUGAGUCCAAGAAGGAAGGAGGUCAGCUCAAGAUCAAGACGAAUAAUGCCAGGUUGAUAGAAACGUUACAGAAUAAUAUCCAUAGGCAAAAAGCUGAAUACAGGUUAGCCAAUAAGAAGUUUGGUACUACUGUGGAGCCCAGCUCUAGAUUACGGGCAUUGAGAGAUCAAAUGGGGGAUAUCGCUAACAUGGCUCGUGAAUUAGAAAUGACAGACUUCGAAAACUAUCAACCUGAAAAUGAUCAUGAAGAAGAGGAGGUGUUUGACCAAGAAGAAGAAGAAGUUGACGAAGCCCCUUCUUUUGUAUUUAAGCCAGUUCCAAUGGCUCCACCUCGUCCUGCGAAGAAGGACGACUUGGAUAAGUUAGAUUCCUUAAGAAAGAAGCUUUCGUCAUUACAGAGUGAGUCCAACGAUAUCAUGAAGUACAACCACAGUGCCAUGUACAAUAAACAGAAGUAUUUGGCUAUGGAACGAUUGAAGGAAUUAGAGAAUAACUUCAAGAAUUUCAACAUAGAUUUUUCCAUGGAAGAACCAGUGUCUCCUCGGGACCAAGUGGAUUCGUUAACAAGACAAAGAAUUCAAGAUGAAUUGGAAGCCGUUGAAACCUUAAAGGCUGAAUUGGAGAAGAAAUUAACAGAUAUGAAGAACAUGCCAGCCACUCCAAAGAAGGACAAUGAGAAGAGGUUCAGUACAAUGUAUCUUGACAAUAAGAAUCCGUUACAAAAGUUGGAAGACAAAUAUUCUAAGGGUAAGAAAGAAAUUGACUAUGAGGGUGAGUUGAUUUCCGGAUCUUCCUCCAGAACUUCUGCUGCUGCUUCUGCUGCUCAUCCUGUCAAAUCUCAAGGUAUGAACACCAAGUUCUUAUCAGAACUUACUUCUAAAGUUGGCAAGUCUGUACCAAUUCCUUCGCCCAUUACUCCUAAGGACGAUGACGACUCCAAAGACGAGUUGGAUCUUGUAGGUCUGCCAAUGGAUAGCAGCAAUCUUGGUGCUGUACCUCCACCUCCACCUCCAUUACCUCCCUCAUUGGAUGGAUCAGCAAGUGGUGCAUUAGGUGCUCCACCUCCGCCUCCGCCUCCUCCACCUCCGCCACUACCUCCAGCAUUAGGUGGGAGUGCUAAGACGGGUGGACCAGCUCCACCUCCUCCACCACCAUUACCUCCAUCGUUAGGUGGACCAGCAGGUGGAACUGCACCUCCCCCACCACCUCCACCGCCAUUCCCGAUCUUUGGUGCUAAGAAUGUUGCUCCAGUCAACUCGAAGUCGGCUCCAGUAUAUCCUGCUCUGCCAUUCGAGAAUUUCCCCCGACCAAAGAAGAAGAUGAAGCAGUUGCACUGGGAGAAGGUGGACACGACCGAGAACUCGUUCUGGCACGAAGAAAGCGGCGUAGCCAAAACACACACGUUGGCAGAGGAAAUGCAACUGAAGGGUAUUUUCGACGAGAUUGAACAGAUCUUUGCUGCUAAGGAGAUCAAGAAGUUGGCCCCCAAGAAGAAGGACGAAAUUGAGAAGGUUACGUUUAUUUCCAGAGACAUCACUCAACAGUUUGGAAUCAACUUACACUCCUUCAACACGUUAUCUGCUGAAGUUGUGGUGGAGAAGAUUCUUGAAUGUAGUCCUGAUGUUAUCACCAACUCUGCCGUUCUUGAGUUCUUAGGAAAGGAUAGCAUAGUGGAGAUCCCCAACAACUUGGCUAAGAACUUGGCUCCUUAUUCCACCGACUACACGGCCCAAGAGAUCAUGAAACCGGAGAAAGACCCGAGUGAGUUACAGAAGUACGACAGAAUCUACUUGGAGCUCAUGUACAACUUGCAGCAUUACUGGCAGUCGAGAAUCAGAUCGUUGAAGGUGGUCCAGCUGUAUGAGAAGGACUAUGAGGACCUUGUAGCCAAGUUGAGGGAGAUUGACGAAACCAUUGAAGGUAUUAAGCUGUCUCGACAGUUAAAGCCACUCUUCUCGAUUAUAUUGACAGUCGGGAACUAUUUAAAUGACACUACAAAGCAAGCACACGGGUUUAAAUUGAAUUCUUUGGCACGUUUAAGUUUCAUGAAGGAUGACAGAAAUAGUAUGACAUUCUUGCAUUAUGUGGAGAAAAUAGUUAGGCUCCAAUACCCCGAAGUGGGUGGGUUCUUGGAUGAAUUGGCCAAGUGUUUGCAGACUUCAAAGUAUUCCAUUGAGGCCAUUAAUACCGACUGUAAAUCAUACAUCCAGUCUAUCAAGAACACUCAAAGUUCUCUUGAUAUCGGGAACUUGAGUGAUGUCACCAAGUUCCAUCCUGACGAUAGAAUCUUGAAGGUUGUGUUGCCCGUGAUGUCUCGAGCCAAAAGAAAAGCCGAGUUGUUAUCUGACCAAGUUGCUUAUACAAUGAAGGAGUUUGAGUCUACCAUGAGAUACUUUGGAGAAGAUCCUUCGGAUUCGUUUGUGAAGAACUCGUUCAUUAGUAAGUUUGCCAACUUCAUUACCGACUUCAAGAAGGCAAAACUGGAGAAUAUCCAACGUGAAGAAGAAGUGAGACUUUAUGAGCAGAGAAAGAAGCUUUUGGAAGCACCCAGGAAAGUUCAUGAUGGCCGCAAAGAUGGUGAAGACGAUAACGAUAAAGAUAAUGGUAAUAAUGUCAUGGAUUCUUUAUUAGAGAAGUUGAAGACUGCUGCUCCUACAAGAUCAGAGGGUACAUCAGCAAGAACGAGAGCACUUAUGCGGAAGCAAAUACUCGAGAAGAAGAACGUCCAGAACGUCCAGCAGCAGCAGCCAAUAGCAGCAGUAGAAAUGGAUGAAACCGUUGAUGUUGAAGAUUCGUUCUCCAAUGAGAAUGUUGAUCCUAAACUGACAGAAGUCUCUGCCUUUGUGUCUGAAACCGAGAAUCCUGAAGAUGUUGGUUCCAGAGCCAGACAACUCUUGCAAGAAUUACGAAGCAACAAUAACAACAGCAUCAACAAUGGCAGCCAACAAGAAUCGCCAGAGAAAGUUUCCGCUGCUCAAUUGUUGAGACAACAAAGACUUCAAAAGAAGUUGUCUGUUAUUGAAGUUUCUGAUGAUAAUGAUGAGCCAGCCACAGACUAA